GCCAAUGCGUUGCUAUAAAAGGUCGUUGCGUGGCGUGUAGAAAUCAUUCUGAAUUCGUACGUUCAACGUGCCACACGCAUUUAACAAUUAGAAAACUAGCGAACAACGCAGAAAAUUUGUAGAACGAACAUUUCGAAAAUGUGUCAACAACAGCAACAAUUAGCAGCGCAGCAAAAUAACUCCAACCAAAAGUCCAGCUAUAGCAUUAAGCGUGUCUUGCAGACAUUCUUCCGCAACAAACAACAACAAAAGCAAGAAAAAUUGCAACGCCGUUACCAACAACAGCGUUUGCCAGCACCACAACAACUGCAGCAGCAGCAACAAUAUCCAUAUCAGCAACAUCAACGUUUAUGGUACUCAUUGGAAUCUUUGGAAUCUCUAGAGAAUCUGCGCAAUGCACAAAUGGAAGAACAACAUUACUACGAAGAGAUCGAAGACAAUUCAGCCAAUGAGAAACUGGCCGAACUCGUACAAGAAGCGGAAGAUUCACAGGCGGAGCAUGAUGUCUAUGUACCCGUACGUUUUGCACGCACCGAAGCGGGCACCUUCUUCUGGACCACCAAUCUACAGCCGGUGUUGAGCAGUUUCACACCUGUAGCCGCCGAUGAGGAUCUGCUGCAGCCCAGCUAUUGCUACAGCAAUGCACAAUAUCCACACAUGCAGUAUCCCCAACAUAACGGUGACCGUUGGGCACAAGCCUAAACUGAAGUGUGUGUCUCUAGUAGACGCUUAACAACUGUGCUGGCUAUUCCUUUGGAAUUACUGUGACCGGAGCUUUAGAUAUUUGUGAUACUCGUUUGUAGCGGCUGAAGUACUUCUGAUUAACCCGUAUUGACAACAUGUAACUGUUGCAUUAACGCGCUUCCAAUUUAGUGUUUAAGUUUUGUAAACAAAUCUCAAGUGGUGCUCAGCCAUUUUGAAGGCAUUUUUGUGCUUAAUUUUUUCACAUUAUUAUUAUUAUUUUAAUAAUUUUAAUUUACUAGUUGCUAAGUGAGAUUUUUGUGAUAACGAAAGGCUUUAUUUUACUUUAUAAUUUUUUGUAACAAAGACA